ACUAAACCCCAUGAAAAAGCCCCCCAGGACAUACCUUCUCUCGUUCAUGUUUCACAACUCCAAAAAAGAUAGUUACUUGCCGACGCAUCUGUGACCAUCGACAUGGCCGAAGUUAUUGGGAUCCUUGCGAGCGCAGCAGCACUCAUCCAGCUCGUAAGCUACGGCAAGAAAUCCGCCCGCGCGUUGCACCGAUUCUCUCAUCGUGCAGGCUUCUCGAAACCAGACGUUGAGCGAUGUGCCAAUCAUCUAAGAACCUUUUCGCUUGCCGUUAGCUUGGCUGUCGAAACACUGGACGAGUAUGACGCAGAUACCAACACAUCCCCCGUCUUUGACUUCAUGAAAUCAGAGCAAGUGAUCAGGGUCAUAUCUAUCGACUCGGACUCGCUUGGAAUGCGCCUGAAUUUAGUUGUAAAACGUUUCCGGAGUCUUUCCAGAGGCAGCCGAACACCAGUGGCUUUCGUCAAGUGGUGGCUUCACAAGGACGAUGUCAUUACUCUUUUCCCCGAAAUGGAAAGGAUCAAAACCAACCUCACAUUGAUCAUAGCUGCGAUCCAACUGAAGCUGGUCUACACAAAGAUUAAGAUGCAAUCUUCUGAUUCACUCGCUAUUAGAAAACUGAAAAAGAAAAAGUAUAGGUUGGAAAGCAGCAUUAGAACCCACUUGGACAUGUUGGCCAAACUUGAGGACCAGAUAGAGUGUGCGCAUCAACGUAUAUCUUCAAUAGGUCAGGGACCGUCUAUUGCCGCCUCUAAUUCAGCAUAUGAAGCUCUUUUUGACUGGGGAAAAGCAUUGCGAAGACUGGAGACGUAUCAAACACGGCAUCUGCGUCGCCUAGGCCCACUAUUCCCCAGGACGUCGUCCAAAGUCCUACAACUAGCAAGAUCUUGCAUGUCGAUGAGAAAGACAUAUCUCAAGCUAUCACUGGUUAUAUAAGGGACCCUGAAAACCGAAGAGCACCCCUACCCGUAGACGCCACCCUCUACCACAGGCUGGACGGAAACAUUAUUUCCAUGCUCGAAGCUCGGGAGCUUGGACUUGAUGUAAUACCAAACGAUGAAGAUAAGGAAGAGUUUAGAAUAUCAUUCGAUGGCUUGAAACCCCAAAAAUGUGUUGGCG